AUGCCACCAAAGGCCUCCACCAAACGCGCCCGCGCCCCCACAGUCAGCGACACCCAGCCCUCCAAACGCCAAGCAGCAGCCGCCUCCAAGCCCGCCGUGGAUCUCAACGUGGCAUUAGCAACGCUCUCCGACACAUCACUGCGGCAACUUGUGUCCGCCCAAAUCAACCUCGAGCCCACUUCGGACCUAGCUGAGGCCAUUCGCAACGAGUACACACGCAUCAUUGCUCAACGCUCGGCCACGGUCGUCGACUUCGACCACCACAGCAAAUCCGUGUGGCGCGAGCUGAACCUGUCGCACUCCAAGAAGUCUUCUCGCUGGCAAUUUGAGGCGGCCGGAGAUGCCGAGGGCGUCGUCAGCGAUGCGAUUCGCUCCAUAAGUCAGACAGCGACAGAGAGCGGCGCCAACAAGGGGACUCGCGAGAACGCUCUUACGACGCUUCGCAAGAUCGGGAAGACGAUCUGCCUGGCCGGUGACCAGCUGGGCAGUGAGGUCCGGGAUGGAUAUUGCUGUACUGAGCUUGUGGGUGCUAUGAAGGCGGUAAUGGAGGGAAUGAGUAUGGCGGAGAGAGAGGCGUUUUUCGAGGCCGGGGAUUUUGUUGAGAAGCUGGAGGAGCUGGAGCAGUUGUCGGAGGGAUAUGGGAUUAUGACUGGAUUGUCGGAGUUGUUCGACUUGGCUGGGUACGGAGAGGAGGACGAGGACUGA